GUGUGGGCGGUGGCGGCGGUUCCGGUUCCGGUGGCCGUGCGGGGGAGGCAGCGGCGGCGGCAGCAGCGAGGCGAGCGGCGCGUACCCCGCAUCGGCACCGCGGCCCGGGCGCGCUCCGCCGCCCCACCGCACCCGCUUCAACCGCCGGACCCGGCCCGGCCCGGCCCGCGCCGCCCCCGCAGUCAGCAGGAGGGAAGAAAAUGAAAGCAGGGUGCAGCAUUGUGGAUAAGCCAGAAGGAGGAGGAGGUUAUCAUUUCCCAGAGUGGGCUUACAAGACCGAGUCCAGCCCCGGCUCCCGGCAGAUCCAGUUAUGGCAUUUCAUCCUGGAGCUGCUGCAGAAGGAGGAGUUCCGCCAUGUCAUCGCCUGGCAGCAGGGCGAGUACGGGGAGUUCGUCAUCAAGGACCCUGACGAAGUGGCCCGGCUGUGGGGUCGGAGGAAAUGCAAACCCCAGAUGAACUACGACAAGCUGAGCCGGGCUCUCAGAUACUAUUACAACAAGAGGAUUCUCCACAAGACGAAAGGCAAAAGAUUUACCUACAAGUUCAACUUCAACAAGCUGGUGAUGCCCAACUACCCGUUCAUUAACAUUCGGCCUAAUGGUGUUGUGCCGCAGAGCGCUCCUCCUGUCCCCACGGCUUCGUCCCGCUUCCAUUUCCCACCGCUGGACAGCCACUCUCCCACCGAAGAUGCCCAGCCCGGUCGGUUCUCCGGUGGGUCCCUGGUCCCAUCCAACCCAGAAGCGUUGGGUGACGGCGGCGAGAGGAAGCCGGACAUGCCGGAGCUGGAGGACGGCUCCUCGGAUUGGCGCCGUGGCGUGGAUCUCAUGGCCUCGCGCAACGCCGUGGGCGCUGGUAGCGUCAACCACCAGAAGCGCAAGCCCGAUAUCAUGCUCCCUCUCUUCACCAGACCCGGGAUCUACCCGGAUCCUCACAGCCCCUUUGCCGUGUCCCCUCUGCCGGGGCGCGGCGGGGUCCUGAACGUCCCGAUCUCUCCUGCGUUGUCCCUGACUCCCACCCUGUUCUCCUACAGCCCCUCUCCGGGCCUCAGCCCCUUCACAGGUAGCAGCUGCUUCUCUUUUAACCCCGAGGAAAUGAAACACUACCUGCAUUCGCAAGCUUGCUCCGUCUUCAACUACCACCUGAGUCCGCGGACUUUCCCCCGCUAUCCGCUCAUGGUGCCACCACUACAGUGCCAAGUGCCCCUCGAGGAGCAGCCCCAGUUCCCCAUCAAGCUGCAGCCUCCACCCGUGGGGCGGAAAAACAGAGAGAGACUGGAAAGCGCCGAGGAACCGGUGGCUCCCCAGCUAGCUACUCCUCCUCCCAGGGUCAAGGUCGAGCCCGCAAUGGACAAGGAGGCAGAAUCCGAAGAGCCACCGGCGAAAGGAAAAGACAAAAGCGAGAGAGAGGAAGGCUCCGGCACGGCAGGCGGCCUGGAAGAGGAGAAAGGCCCUGUGUUCGCCAGACCAGCCGCGCCGUCAUGGCACCCAGCCCCACCGGCGCCCAGCCAGGCCGGUUUCUCGGCUGAAGAAGCCCAGGAGCAAGGGGAGAGCAGCGGGGAGAAGUCAUCCCGAGAGGCUGCCGGAGAAUCGGGGCCGCAGGAGAAGAGAGAGGACGCCCUGAUGCCUCCGAAGCUGCGUCUCAAGCGCCGCUGGAACGGUGACCGGCAGGCGGACGUCCCCGAGGAACGCCAGAACGGCCGCGUCCACUGGAACGGGGCGCUGGGCAGCCCGCACCUCGCGGCGGGUCCCAAGGCCGUGACGGCCACGGCUGCCUCCGACACCUAAAGCCCGGGGGAGCCUCGCAGUCCAGCUGUGCUGAAAACAUCUGUGUAUUUAUGUAGCAAGGUUGCAGAGCGCGGGGGGCGGGCGGGGGGCUGGGGCUAGCCUGGUUUGGUAAUUCUAGAGACUAGGGAUUUUGUGUUCUUUGUUUUCAUUGUUGAAUUGCAGGUGAGACGCGGUUGUCUUGCUCUGAUUUAGGAGAGGCGAGGGAAGCCGGUCGCUCUUGUGCGCGAGCUUCAGACCUUGCACGAACUCCAGUGGGGUCGAGGCCUCCACCGGGACGGAGGAACUCCAGACACGGUCUAUUUUAUAUACGCUCUAGUAUUUAUAGAAGCAGGAAUCUCCAAAUUCAUCUAGUUUCCCCCCCCCCCCCUUUUUUUUUUGUUAUGGUGCAACGGUGGGAGAGGAUUUCCUACCCGUUCGAGACGUGCCGUGCGUCAGCCUCGGAAGCUGGCCGUAUUUUGGGGGGUGGGCGGGCUGGGGGACGGGGCGAGGGAAUAUUGCACUGUCUGUGGAGCGGGGAAGGUCGCGGAAAGACACAACUCGGAAAAAUCACCGGCGCGCCAGCGAGGCGGGGGACGCCGCCGGAGAGGGAACCGCGUUCCCGGCGAGCGGAUCUCGGUAGCGCUUCAGGAUACGUUAGUCGUCCUUUUCGCCUUUCUGAAAUACUGCAGAAGCCAUGAGCAAAAUAUUAAAAAAAAAAAAAAAAAACCUUUCAGGGAAGGGAGUGGGGUGGGAAAAAAAAAAAAAAAUAACCUAAUGCCUUUAAUAUACGCAUUAAAAUGUACCCUAGGUUUUUUUUUUUUUUUCCUCCUAAUUGUAUGGGUGGAGUUGGGAGUGAUUGGAAGAUUAACACUGAAAUGAUUGUGGUGAGUUCAUAGAGGAGGAAUGACAGGAGCUUUGUUAAAUCUUAUUUCCUUUGUUUGGUUCCCCUAUCACUUUGACUCAUGCCUUAACUACGCGUACACUUUAUGCGAGCAGGGUCUUAUCGACAGAAGCUGCCUGUGCGGGAGCUGGAUGCGUUUGGCCGAGGUUGGGUUUCGCGGAGGUUUUUGGAUUUUGCCUGAUGACGGAGAAGCGACGGAGGUUCCGGGAACGGAGGGGCGGCCGUUGCCGCCGGGCUCCGUCUCCCCAGGCUGUGUAAAUCUCGCUGUAUUUUCGCUAUAAAUCUGCUAUUUCCCUAUGCAGCUGCGUUUCUCGUUAGGCUGAUUAACUUAGGCUCCGGAUUACACCGAGGAACGUGUUUUGUCUCCCGCUGCGUCGGGACGAAUCCCUGACAAUUCCUUGAAAGGAGCUUGGAAAGAACCGAUCUCCGCGGGGAUAGAGCUGUAUCCAGAGAGCGGCCGAUUAUUCACGCGCUCGUAGGCGAGAGGCGUGCGCGGGCAGAUUUCUCCGGUCGAGGAUUCGGUAACUGUUGUAGGAGGGAGCGCGUGUGAGCACAAGAUUUAUUUGCAAACGCUAUUAAGGCAGGUAGACGGGGCCGGUCGGGCUCUGCCGAAACGAGAUGCCGUGUGUGGUACCCAGAGGGAUGCGGGGGGGUGGGGGGGGGGUGGAGGGGGCCAUAAUUUGGAUUUACCUCCGUGGCCGGAGCCGAGAACGGAGGAAAGGGAGAAGGAGCCCCUCGAUCCAGACCCCCCCGAACUCAGGAAUUAAGAAACACGAGGCCUUUGCCCAGCAGUAAUGCAUAUCGUCACCCCCCAAGUGCCGGAACCUGCGGGUGCCGCUCCCGUUUUGGGGAGGGCGGGGGGGGGGGGCGCAGAGCUGCCCUUCUCGCCCUUCGUUUAAGGCAAAAAAAACAAAAAAAACAAACCAAACCCAAAAACCCACAAAAAGUUGAACCGUUGUUUGGCUUUAAAAAGUUUGUAAUCGGUUUUGGGGUGGGGGGGGGGGGGUCAGGGAGGGGGUGUUUGUCUUCGUAGCCAUUGCACUGCAAACCGGGAGCUCCGCGUUCAGGGAUAAAGGACUCAGGUUCUCAGGACAACGGACCGGUGACCGGCUGCGGGCGAUGGGCUCCGCUUCGGAAGCUGGAAGUAGGGGCUGGGGGGGGGGGGGGAAGGGAGAGGGCAGGAGACCCCCCCCUCCCCACCGCCACCGCCGGCUCAGGGGGGCACCUCGGGGCGAGGCAGGGGCUCCCCCCCCCCCCCAGACUUCACAUUGCCUAGCGGCAACCUCGGAGGAGGCUGCUUAUAAAUACAUUUUAAAUACUAAAUAAUUAAAAAAAAAAAAGACAAAAAAAAAAUUAUAUAUAUUCCGAUGUGCCAAAAGUUUAAAUGGUUGAAAUCUCAACGUCCACCUGUAUUAAUUAAUCAAGAGCAUGUUAAUGUUUAAACCAUUUUUGCUUUGUUUAGUCAUAGAGAAUCUGUAGGAAAGAGACUUUAAUCGGACAACCAGCAGUAAGCCAAGAUUUAUUUUUUGGGGGGGGGGGGGGAAGAAAUCCCCCAAAGGAUCAAGACGGGGCAGGGAGGAUCAGCCACACGUCUCCCCGCGGCGGCGAACGAGCCCGGCAGAAUUUAACGAACUGCAGAGCUGAAACGAGCCCCAGGCAGGGGCCACCGUCCCCAAAUCCAGGGGAGGAGGAGGAGGAGGAGGAAGAGCCCCUCUCCAGAAGCAUUAACCUCGGCGGCUGAUCGCGUCGUCCUCGUCGCCUGCGGGAGGUUCCGCCCGUUGCUCGGUUGUCCCUCGUUUUUAUUUAUUCCAUAAUUAUGUUUUUGUUUUUAAAGUAACUUGUUGGGGGGGGGGGGUUGGUUUUUUGGUUUUUUUUUUUCUUCUCUUUUUUUUUUUUUUGUCUUAUGGAUCCUGGUGGGUUUAAAAAAAAAAAAAGAAUUUCUUCUUUUGGUUUGAAAUAAUCGUAAUCAGAUUGUUUUAAAAAAAAAAGUUUGAUUUUUUUUUUAGAGUGCUUUUAAGGAGAAAAUAUUUACCAAUAGAAAGUUGCAUUUAUUUUAUUUUUUUUUCUAAAAAAAAAAAAAAAAAUCGCUUUUCCUGAGGCAUGUUCUUUGACUUUACUAGAAUCGAUUCAGCAGGGAUUAGGAUGGAUGCAUACACGUACGGCGGGGACGUGGUUAGCUUGAGCUGUCUGUCCACGGAGAGCGGGAUUGAACGUGUGUGUAUAUGUACAUACCAAUGUAAAGUAGUCUUUAAAUACUCCAUUGUGCAGUGCCUUUAGACGUUCCACUUUCUAUAAAGUCUUCAAAAAAAAAAAGUUUGCAUAUAUAUAUUAUAUAUAUAUGAUGUAAUGUUAUAGAAAUAUAUGUAUAAUAUACAUAUUUUUUCCAGGGGUAUCUGAUAGCUCUGUAUUUUGUUAUGGAAGUUGAAAGAAAAAAAAAAAAGUAUUUUACCUCAAAUUAAAAAGUUAAAUAAACCUUUUAAA